CCAGUCUUCAGCUCAGACUCUGGUAUUCUGCAAGACUACAUACUAGCUCAAGAUGGCGUCAAGACCGCUCAACGAUGAUGAGGUUGCCAGCGAGAUGAACAAGAUGGUCUCGUUCAUCAGACAGGAGGCACUAGAGAAGGGAAGAGAAAUCCGAGUCAAGGCAGACGAAGAGUUCGCAAUCGAGAAGGCGAAACUCGUUAAACAAGCUCAACAAGCCAUCGACGCACAAUUCGAAAAGAGGCGUAAACAAGCAGAGGUCGCUCAGAAGAUUGCCCAGUCUACGCAACUCAACAAGUCACGUCUUCGGCUCCUGCAACGCCGCGAGGAGCACCUUCAAACGCUUUUCGAGAAGGCACGCGAAGAGCUCCUUGAACUUUCUCAAGAUGAGGGUCGCUAUGCUCAAUUGCUCGAGGGCAUCAUCUUGCAAGGUCUUCUACAGCUGAUGGACACAGAGGUGCUGGUUAUAGCCCGCCCUAAAGACGAGCAGCUUGUACAGAAAGCUGCUGAGGGUGCGAAGGAGCAGUAUCGCUCCAUUAGCGGACGUGACGUCUCGAUAACGGUUGUUACAGAGUUGUCUGAUAAUAUUGCUGGAGGCAUAAAACUCCAAUCUGGCGGCCGAAUCUCCCUCGACAACACUCUUGAUGAACGACUCCGACUUCUCGAGAGCAGGAUGCUCCCCGAGAUCCGUUUCGAACUCUUCGGUGCAAACGAGAACCGCAAGUUCUUUAACUAAAGAUGUCGUUCUCUUCCUGAGGGGGUAUAUUAGAGACGCUUUUUUCCCGCAUUUCUUGUAAUUCAUAACGGUUCUGACAAUAAUGUGAAUGGACUUCAUAUCUUGCGUGCG